GGAUGUAGGAAAUAUGAACCCUGCAAUUGAUUUGGAAUCGUUGAGGAGUGAACACGAAUCUGAAGAACAAUGGGAGGUCCGUAGGAGUUUCAUGUUAGAACAUAGAGACAACUUUGAUGAACAAGAAUUAGUGACUUUAGCCCAGCUGUUUACUAAUAUAGAAUUCCUGGGAUGCAGAUACCCACAAGAAACUAUGAAACGGAUAGCACAGCUAGCGGGAAAGGUGUCUGCUAAAUACAAAGACAGUAGGAAGAACAAGCUCAAGAGAACAUUUGUUCAGGCCAGUGAUGCGGCGGAGCAAAAGGCAAAACGGUCAUUUAAGUAACAUACACUGUAAGCUUCGAUUAUACAAGAAACCUAACAUUAAAAGAAAUAUGAUAAAUACAAUAAUGAUUAAGGAUUGGUCUCCGCUGAUCUCCAACUAGAUACCACACUACCUAAGAACAAUAGCUUUAUUAUUACGAAAACUAACUGAUGCUUGUGUGUGUGGCAUCUUGACUUUACUGAUGAUAUGUGAUCCCAGUAUCUUUCAUAAUUCUUGUAGUAUUCUUUUUACAAAGUUUUAUUGCACAUUGCCUGGUACUUUAGUUUCAAUUAUUUGCAAAGUUUAACAGAACAUUUGGCAUGACCAAUCCUUAAUCUAAGAUAAUAACACAUUUAAGAAGCAAUACUUCUUUGAUGUAUAUAACUUUUAUAUAUAUAUAAUAUGACAAGUUGCACCGGCACAGAAUAAACCUUUGCUCCAUUGCUUCAAUGUGAACACAGCAAAACAAGUUUAGUUUUAAAUAUGAAACUCUAGUGCUCUGACGUUUGUGUUACCAUAGUAACCUGUUGUUUGUAUUGACAUUGUUAUUUGCUAAAUAUCUGAUAUAUAUCACUUCAGACUUUAUAUUUAAAUUGGUGUCAAAACGCUGCCCCCACACAUUGUAAAAAAAUUAUUUUUAUAGUUUUUUUCUCAACACGCCAAUAAAAUGCAAAAAAAAUUCACUACCUUUUUUUGUUUACUAAUAAUAAUGAAUUUAAAUUAAAAAGACAAUGUUUUUUUUUUCCAACUUUAUGUUCAUAUUUCUUGGGACCAGUCCAAAGUAAUUUGAAUCAAAUUGAAUCUUUUUUCAUGAAUGUUUAUAUAUAAUUGUGAUUAUAUAUAUUCUUUAUCUAAAUUGGUCUGUGGUUUCAAUUAUUUUGUCAAAUUAGUGAAUUAAUAGUCUGUGUGUCCUUUGUGUAAUAAGAACAGCUUAUCUACUUGAACUCUGCUACAAGUAACAGAUUUUCAUGCAAUUAUUGUCCACAACAUGACUGCCAUUGAUUUCAAUGAUUACCAAGUUCAAUGUAUUUUGAGUCCAGUUGUGGGUAGGUCCAUGGUAUCACUACCAUUGUACAAGUUGUUUACUUAAAAUAUGUCUGUAUACAUAAUAUCCAGGGUAGAGACAAGGUGAAUCAUCUCAUAUGGGAGAAACCUUGAAAGUGUCCAGCUGUAAAUAAUAGUUCUUAAAGCUUCCACAGUGGCGCUGGUGUAGGACCUCAAAGAAUUAUUAUAGGGAAACAUGCACUAAUAGUGAUUAGUAUUAUUUUAUAUUUGCCACUUCUUAUAAGAUUUAUCCUGAUGCGACUGCAGCGCCACCCUAAUUUAAUACAUUUUGACGGACACUUUUGCAUAAACAAAUGAGUCUCCUUACCUCUACCCUCCAUAAUACAUACAAGAAUUUAGCAUGUUAUAACUACCGUCAUUUACACCUACCAGUGGGAGUUGCACAGGAUUCCGGCUAGAUUAUGGGUGCCACAAUGGUGCCUAUUUCUGCCGUGAAGUAAUGUGUAAGCAUUAUUGUGUUUCGGUCUGAACGGCGCCGUAGCUAGUGAAAUUACUGGGCAAAUGAGACUUAAUAAUCUUGUCUCAAGGUGACGAGCGCAUUGUAGUGCCGCUUAGAUAUUUUGGGUUUUUAAGAAUCCUGGGCGGCUCCGCAUUGUAAUGGGCGGGGCGUAUCAGUUGAACGUCCUGCUCGUCUCGUCCCGUAUUGAUAAAAACAAAUUUUGAAUUUAUUAUUUUUUAAUUUUAAUCAUAUUGUUCAAUAAUUCCCAUUAAUAAAUGAAACGAGAGAGUUUUUAAUAAAAAUCUUUUAUUCCACAAAAA